UUUAUGGCCCCGUCGCCAUGGAGACGCCGAGGCCUAGCGACCGUUGAGGCGUUGCUCUCCUACAGUGGCCGAAACUAUUUUUUAUUGUUGUUCUGGUGCUGGUUUUUUUUCCCCCAUUCAUUUAUCAUGAUUGUACUGCUGCUAUUGUUUAUUACGAAUAACAUUCGCUGAUUGCAGUUGUUAUUGGUGCCGUUGCCAUGAUGCGUGUUACUGUAAAUGCGUUCUGCUGUUGCUUGUUGAUAAUUGCUGGUGCCCGAUUGUCAUUGAUGAUAACCGCUGCGUGUUCAUUACUUCUCACAAUUGCUGUAUUCUAUGCCGACUGUUUAUACUUCUCCUAUUCGUCAAUAUACACCUUGUGGGUUUUUUUGACAACGUGCUACCGACACCAGUUGUUUCCUUACCCUUUCCCACACUCGCAUCGCAUUAUCCGCUGCUGAUGCACGUCAUUAGCUGCUGAUAUUUACGUUCACCCUUUCCGCUGGUGACGCCUCUCAUUCAGCGCUUAACUACUCCUCACGCUGCCGUUUUAACUGUUCCCGAGGAUUAAUUGCACCUGCUUGCUGCUAACCCGCCGAUGAAGAUCACCUUCACGUGCAAGCGACGAAUAACGAACCAUAACCCAAUGCUUACUCGCUCUUCCCGAUGCUAACUUGACUUAACGACUGUGACGCUGCAGCGGAUGAUGAUUCACAAUGUCUGCUGCUUCAGGUUAACCACGGUCUGCUGCUUCAGGUUAACCACGGUCUGCUGCUGCUGCUGAUGCACGCAGCCGCCGCACGGACGGAGCGGCCCGGCAUCCCGGGCGCCUGGAUCCGAGAUGGACAGUCGCUGCAGGCACAGAUUAAUGCCUUGGAGAAAGAAAAGCGCAUCCAAUUUUACAGUAAGAAGAGUGAGUUGAAGCAUGACCUGGGAGUAUUGGAGGAGUAUGAGCUCAAAUUACUGAAUGAUAGGAAAUCUGAAGAACUGAAGUUGCAGCAGCAAUUAAACAAAUUAAAAACUAGUGUGCUCUUGUUUCAAAAAGAACUCAAGGAUGUUGCGCAGAACUCAGAAUUUGUUAACAAGCUCAAGGGGACCAUGGAGGAGGUUGAAAGAACCAUCAGCUUAUUUAAAGAACAACAAAGAGAACUCUAUGAGCACCUAAUGAAAGAUGAGAAGAUGACAAGUCAGGAGAUUGGUGCUUUGGAGAAGAAAAUUGAAUCCUGGUCCCAGGGGUCAUUAUCUAAUCCCAGGAUAACAAAAUCUGCUCUUGCUGCUAAGGUGCCGUUAUCCAAAACCAUUGAGGAUGACCUACCAGCAGAGGUGGUGGCCUUUGAAAAGUUCCUGCAGCAGAGUGGAGGUCGACAGGGUGGGUGGGACGACUAUGACCAUCAAAACUUUUUGAAGGUGCGGACAAGGCACAAGGGGAACUUGCUGUUUAUAGAGGAGGCCUUAAAUUAUCUCCCUGGACGGACACGUGAAGAUGUGGAACAGCAUGAGACCUGGUACAAGGAGUUCCUCGACCUGGAAGAUGAAAAAAAGGAAGCAAUUUCUCGUUGGAAGUUAUGCAGGGAGCGCGAGCGAGCAGAGAAACUUGCCAAGCAAGAGAAAAGUUCAGAGGGGCAAGAAGCAGAGAAAAAGGACCAGGAGGAGGCUUGGUUACAGAAGCUGAAGCAGGAACAAAUCCAGAAACGUGAAAAGAUUAAUGCCUGGAAAGCCCAGCAAGAAAAGGCUCGGGCAGAUGAGGAGAAGCGGCGGCAGCAUGAGGAGGAAGAGCGCGCACGAUACAGGGAACGUGAGACGCAGCGCCAGGCUGAGCUUCGAGUCCUUGCCAGAGAGCAUGCGCGGCGGAAACGACAGCUGAAGGAGCAGCAGCGGCGAGACGAAGAGCUCCGGGAGCAGGCCGAGCGGGAGGACAAGGCUUGUCUGGCCGCACAAGAGAUCCAGCGUUUCCAGGAACGAGAUCAGGAGAAGGUUGAAAGCAAACUUCUGGAGAAGAAAGCCAAAGAGCAAGAAGACAUUGAACGAGACAGGCGUCUUGCUAAACUGAAACAACAGGUGGAAGUGCACGUUGAAAGGGACCCCAGCAGACUCUUGAAGCUCACCAAAGGUUGGCUGGAAAGAACCAAACACAUUGGACCUUCUGGGGGAGGUCCACUUUUAAAAAUCCCUCACAGAGCCGUUCCUGACUGGAGACAAGGACUUUAAUUUUCACCAUUGUGGAGGUUUGUUCAGGCAGUACAUUGUGUUAACAAUAAUCUAUUAUAUCUAGAUUUGAAGCUUUCGUGACUGCAGGAAUCCAUAAAUUGUAUACCUACGUGACUUUACCGAAAGAACCAGAGAGUAAUAAUCUAUUAUAUUCAACAAGGUUUACCACAGCAGGUUUACCACAGUAGUGUCUGCUAAAUCUGUUGUUUGAAACAAAUAUUGUGAAAUAUUUUGAGGUGCUAACUUUAGCAAUUCGAGGCGAUGAAUAAUGCAAUCAGAUUUAAUCACCGACUUCAAGAAUCCAUUGUGCAACUUGAAAGGAGGUUUUCAUUAUCCCUGUGUAAAAUGUUUCUAUAGAGUUUAACAUUGUAAUGUUUGUGUUAACUGUGUAAUGGUAAAUAACAUACAGUCAUUGUUGAAAUCAGUUUUGCCUCUGUUUUUUUUAAUAAGAGUGAGUGCAGAGUCAUGUCAUGAUUGGGGUAUUUAAAUAUUGAGUAAACAUUCAGUUAAGCAGGUCGACAAACUUUGUACCACCAGCUAAUUAUGCUACAUCGAUGAUUCCAGUUAUUCCAUCUGGUACUGGAGCUAUCCCUUUUCAUAUUGAAAAGGGCAGUGGUUGUUCCCGCAUGUGUGAUAUCUGUAAAUCAUGUGAAAAACUAUCCUUCACCUGUGGAGUUUGAAUUUUCUGUAGGGGACGAGCGUAAAUAACACGAUGUUAUAUGAUUCUUUGUCGAAAUAAUGUUUCAUUAUGUUUAUGUAUUUCUUGGCUGUGAGCUCCCGCAGAUGUUAUUCUCCCUCAUUCCUCUCUCCGAUGCCAAGUUAACCAUCCUCUCGUCCCUCUUACCUACCCUGGUAUUGAGGUGCCCCAUUUCCUAUGGUGCAGUGUGUUUUGAUGUCAUUUAGAUGUUGGUUAAUCUCUUCAUACAUGUAGGCUACUGAUACAGCUUGAUGGCUUGUUGUUGGAGCAUAUAUUUGAAUGACUUAACAUGUAUUCAUUAGAGAGUCUUUAACUUACAUUUUGAAAUUCUAUCACUUGAAAUUCUUUUGAAUCCUAAAAUCCUGUGCUUUAUUCCUGCAGUAAACAGAUUCAGGAUCUUUUUUAAUGUAUUUCCUAUUAUCUUAUAAACUGACACGCAGCGAUUAUUGUUGCUGUCUGAUGUGUUU